AUGGACCACAGCAGAGACCCUUGCCCUUGGGUGGCCUUGAACGAUUUCGGUGGUGCCUUCUGUAUGGGCGCAAUCGGUGGUUCGCUCUGGCACGGUAUCAAGGGUUUUAGAAACAGUCCCUAUGGCGAGAGAAGGAUAGGUGCUCUGACCGCCAUCAAGGCGCGUGCUCCUGUUCUCGGUGGAAACUUUGGUGUUUGGGGUGGCAUGUUCAGUACCUUUGACUGUGCAGUCAAGGGCAUUCGCAAGAAGGAAGACCCCUGGAACGCCAUCAUCGCCGGCUUCUUCACCGGUGGUGCUCUUGCCGUUCGUGGUGGUUACAAGGCCAUGCGCAACGGUGCCAUCGGUUGCGCCAUCCUCCUCGCCGUCAUCGAAGGUGUCGGUAUCGGUUUCCAGCGCAUGAUGGCAGAAAACACCAGACUCGACGUUCCCCCACCACCUCCGCAAGGUAUUGAGGGCGCCCCCAAGGCCAUGGUCGCUUAA